AGGACAGUAGAGAGCGGAAAAUAAAAUAAAAAAAAGAAGAAAAAUUAAAAAAGGACAUCAGUUAGCGUAACUAUACCACCGUUUUAAUCCAUCCAUACACACUAAUAAUUUGGCCACUUCUAACCCGUCGCUCUAUCUCUCUCCCACUCUCACCGCACUUUUUUCUUUUCUUUUUAAUUCCUGGUUCUUCUUCUUCGGUUACCAUAACCAGAUUUAUCUCUUGACUUGUGAUAUAAAAUUUUAUUUAUUUAUUUAUUUUUUAUCUGGCAUUUGAGUGGUGCUGGUGGUGGGUAAGCUUGGAUCGUUUUAAUGGAAGGUUGUAGAUGAUGAUCGAUUCUUCUUUGCCUUAUCUAUAAAGCAUUGUGAUUUUUGAGGAUCUGGGUGGGUGAUUGAUAACUUAGCUUUUCUUGAAACUUAAUCAAAGGAGCUUUGCUACUUUCAGGUGGAAUCUUUCUGUUUAUUUUAACCACAUACUUCAAAAGCAACAUAAGUUAAGGUUGAUUAUCUUGCCUUGAGUAUAAAUUAUGUUGGGAGGAAACAAUGGUAAUCCUGUUCUUCCUGUGUUCCUCGACGAGAAUCGUUUCCAAUAUCCAACAAAUGCUUCAAAUCAGCUGCAGCUGUUCGGAAAUGUUCCAAAUGGAUGCGGUGUUGAUCCAGUGAAUUACUUCGGAAAUGAUCACAUGACUCCCAUGCUUCGGCCUAAUAAAAGAAGCAGGGAAAUAGAUGAUAUCCCAAGGCAACAAAAGCUUCAAAUUUCAUUGAACUAUAACGUCUGUCAAGAUGAAGCUGAUCGUUCGGCGAGCAUUCCAAACCCAAAUCCUGUAUCGACAGGUUUAAGAUUAUCAUACGAUGAUGAUGAGCGCAACUCGUCUGUCACUUCUGCAAGUGGAAGCAUGACCGGGGCACCUGCAAUCAUCUACUCCCUUGGUGAUAAUGUAAGAACAGAACUUGAUCGGCAGAAAGAAGAGUUUGACCAGUACAUGAAAAUACAGGAGGAGCAUUUGGCAAAGGGUGUAAGGGACAUGAAGCAAAGACACAUUGCUUCAUUUCUUGCUGCCAUCGAAAAAGGUGUCAGCAAGAAACUACGCGAGAAAGAAGCGGAAAUUGAGAACAUGAACAGAAAGAACCGGGAACUAGUUGAGAGAAUGAAGCAGGUGGCUAUGGAAGCUCAGAAUUGGCACUAUAGAGCAAAGUACAACGAGUCGGUAGUGAACGUUCUCAAGAGCAACCUCCAGCAGGCGAUUUCACAAGGUGCAGCAGACCAAGGAAAGGAAGGAUUCGGAGACAGUGAAAUCGAUGACGCUGUCUCCUACAUCGAUCCCAGUAACAUGCUAAGCGUUCCCGGUACAGCUAUGAAGUCGCUUCCAAAGAACCAGGGUUCAAGGGAAACUAUGACUUGCAGAGCUUGCAACUCAAGGGAGGUCUCCAUGUUGUUGAUGCCUUGUAGGCACCUGUGUUUAUGUAAAGAGUGUGAUGCCUUUAUCGGUGCUUGCCCUGUAUGCCAGUUGAUCAAAACUGCUAGUGUUCAAGUGUAUCUGUCCUAAUAUAUCCAAAGCAACUAACUUAAAAAUGAGAAGUUUACUGCUGCGUGAUAUUUGUUAUUUUCACUCACUGAAGUUUAAAGAAAAAGAAAGUGUAAACAUAUAUACAUAUGGUUUGCCUUGGUGAAUAGUAGUUUUAUCUUCAGUGUAAA